GCUAGCUCGUCGACCUUUCCACAAUCCAGUCCUCCAGUUGACGUUGCAGCGAGCCCUCCUCCUCCGCCUUCCGUCGCCAUGGCUUACCAAGGAAAGGAGUGGCACAAGGAUAUGGCAUUUUACAGAGCUGCAUUAACAGGAGAAUGGGAUGCGGCUAGACAAUUUCUUGAUCAAGACGGCGACCGCGGCGUGCAUGCGAGGCUCGGCUACUACUCAGAGACUCCCCUCCACGUGGCCGUGGCCGCAGGGAAUUCGGAAAGCUUUGUGUAUAACCUCCUGGAUUUCAUCCCGGAUGACUCAUCUUUAGCCUUAACAGAUUCGUCAGGAAAUAAUCCGCUGCACGUUGCUGCAGCGGCCGGGAACUACGAAGCUGCAGUGAUACUUGUCACAAGAUGUCCUAACUUGGUCCACCUUUCAAACCAUGACAAUAGAUUCCCUCAUCACUUUGCAGCUGAAUACGGUCAUAGGAAAAUUCUUCAGUUGCUGAUUUCCAAUACGAACGACAAACAUCACACCAAUCCCUUUGCUGGGGAAGGAGGCGUAUGGCUCCUUCUUUCGAUGAUUGAGUCUGACUUUUUCGAUAUGGCGUUGGAUUUGGUUGGCAAGUACCCCGAUCUGGAAUGUAUGAAACCGAAGUCUGUUGGUAGAGUUUUGAGUAAGAUAGCAGUCAAGGCCACAGCAUUUGAUGGCGACGAUCAUCUCGGUUUUUGGAAACGUUUCAUAUACUGGUGUGUUUUGAAGAUGGAUGUGAAGUCGCAAUCAUUCGACGUUGAGAAUCAAACUAGUUUAGGCAAGUGAGUCAUGUUCACAACCAAAAUUAACUUCACUCUUCUGUUUCUUAAAAUAUGAUCUUGAUGUAGAGCCUUCAACGUGGCGCGAACUUGUCCUCAAACUGCACUCAACUCUUUGUCAAGUUAUCAAAUACUUAGUGCCGGGCAUUAAUAGGUUUCACGAAAAGAAAUUGAUGCGUGAGCAAAUAGUAGAGCUUGUGAAAAGCUUGUGCAAACAUAUGGAAUCGUUAGACUACAAUGAUGCAGCAGCUAUUUGCGCGGAAACCAUGCUUACAGCAGCCGAAUCAGGAAGCCAUGAUGUUGUCCUAGAAAUUGUAGAGACAUUUCCUCUUGCAGUUCAUUUUCGGAAUUCUUUAGAUCAGAACUUUCUCCACUUGGCCAUCAAGAACCGUUGUGAGAACGUAUUUAAUCUCAUGUAUAUGACCAGUAUGUGUAGAUACCAGUACGCAAAUGCAAUCGACAAUGAUGGAAACUCUAUCCUUCACUUGGCGGCGCGUUUGGCACCUUUUCACAAGCUCAAUUUAGUCUCGGGUGCAGCUCUCCAAAUGCAACGUGAAAUACAAUGGUUUCAGGAGGCUAGUAAGUUUGUUAGUUCCUAUACGAGGGGACUACAAAACUAUAGUGGCGAAACGGCUGAAAUGAUAUUUACAGAAGAACAUAGAGAACUGAAAAUAGAUGGAGAGACAUGGAUGAAAGAUACAGCUAACUCAUGUAGUAUUGCUGCAGCAUUGAUUGUUACUGUUGUGUUUGCUGCGGCUAUCACAGUUCCGGGUGGCAACCAAUCGGAUUCUGGUUAUCCGAUCCUCUAUGAAUCAAGUGCAUUCACAAUAUUUGCAGUUUCUGAUGCAGUUUCACUCUUCACAUCAUCUACUUCCCUCUUGAUGUUCUUGUCCAUCCUCACUUCGCGCUAUGCCGAGCAUGACUUUCUGUAUGCGUUGCCCAAACGACUAUCCAUUGGUCUAGUCACGCUUUUCCUUUCAAUCUUGUUUAUGAUGAUAGCCUUUAGUUCAACGUUGUAUCUAGUGUUUGGGAGGAAGAAGGCGUGGGUUCUGUUGCCGGUGGGUGCACUUACUUGUCUCCCUAUUUCUUCAUUCGUGCUAUCGCAGUUCCCACUUCUUAGGGAUGUCAUUUCUUCCACUUAUGGUCGUGGUGUCUUCGGGAAGCGAAGCAAUCGUACUCGU